UCUCCAUCAGUCUCCGCGAUACGGGCGCUACUACGGCGCAAAGCAUGGCACCUCUGCGCCCUGAAGAACCGGUCUCAGCCGCUGCGCACCUCUGCGUCUUUCUGUUGACCACCUCGGCCUGGAUGGCACUGCCGGGACCCGUGCGCUGUAGCAGCGGGGCUUUAAACCGGCGCGGCGGGGAGGAUCGUACGCUUGACAUGGGCGGCGGAGAAGGAGGCUCCCCGCCGGGCUUACAGACGGACGUGGAUGAGGAAGGCGCGGGGAGCUCACCCCGCUUCAGGAGAGCGCUGUCCUGGGAUAAACAAAUGUCCCUGCUCAGCAGCUCGUUCGUGCUCAAAGGGGAUGCGACCCACAACCAGGCGAUGGUCCACUGGACAGGAGAAAACAGCAGCGUCAUCCUGAUCCUGACCAAGUACUACCACGCUGACUCCACCAAGGUGCUGGAGAGCUCGCUGUGGAGGUCAACUGACUACGGCACAACUUACACCAAACUCAACCUGAUGCCAGGGACAACCAUCGUGGUGACAAGUUUCUACAUCUGCCCAACCAACAAGAAAAAGGUAGUGCUGGUGGGCUCAUCCAUAAAUGAACGCGAUCAGAUGCUGUUCAUCAGCACGGACGAGGGUUCCUCCUUCCAGCGGCAGUCCAUCGCCUUCACGCCAGAAACGCUCGUCUUCCACCCAAAGGAAGAAGACAAGCUGCUGGCGUACUGCAAGGAGGGCAGGCUCUUCGCUUCAACGGAUCUGGGCCGCAAGUGGACUUUACUUCAGGAGCGGGUGACGAAGGACAAAGUCUUCUGGUCUGUAUCUGGUGUGGAUGUGGACCCUGAUCUAGUGCACAUGGAAAUGCAAGACACAAGUGGAGGUUACCUGUACGUCACCUGUCUCAUCCAGAACUGCUCGGACAAGAUGGUGACGGCUCAGUUUCUUGGCAAAAUCGAUCACAACUCGCUGCUGGUGCAGGAUGACUACAUAUUUGUCAAGGUCACCACAGGGAAUCGCACCAAGCACUAUGUGUCCUAUCGCCGCAACGAGUUUGUCCAGAUGAGGUUUCCCAAGUACGCCUUGCCAAAGGAUGUUCAGAUAGUGAGUACGGACGAGAACCAGGUCUUCCUCGCUCUCCAGGAGUGGUACCAGUCGGACACGUAUAACCUGUACCAGUCAGACCCCCAAGGCGUCUACUACUCCAUCGUCCUGGAAAACGUUCGCAGCACCAAGCAGCCAGAAGAGAACGUCCUCAUCGAUAUCCUGGAGGUACGUGGAAUCAAAGGAGUCUUCCUGGCCAAUCAGAAGAUCGAUGGAAAAGUGACAACCCUAAUUACUUAUAACAAAGGACGUGAUUGGGAACCUUUGGCUCCGCCCACCACUGACAUGAAUGGCAAACCAGUCAGCUGCAAAGCGCCGGACUGCCACCUGCACCUCCACCUGCGCUGGGCGGACAACCCCUACGUGUCCGGGACUGUCCACACCAAAGACUCUGCUCCAGGUCUUAUCAUGGGUGCUGGUAACCUUGGCUCCAAGCUAGUGGAGUAUAAGGAAGAGAUGUACAUCACUUCAGACUGUGGGAAGACAUGGAGACAGGUUUUCGAGGAGGAGCAUCACAUCCUGUAUCUGGACCACGGUGGGGUCAUCGUUGCCAUCAAGGACACUUCUAUUCCCCUCAAGAUACUCAAGUUUAGCAUCGAUGAAGGGCGGACGUGGAGCGUUCACAAUUUCACCAGCACCUCUGUGUUCGUCGAUGGACUCCUGAGCGAGCCCGGAGACGAAACCCUGGUUAUGACUGUGUUCGGUCACAUCAGCUACAGGUCCGACUGGGAGCUGGUCAAAGUGGACUUCAGGCAGUCUUUCCCCCGUCAGUGCACUGAGUCUGAUUAUGAGUCUUGGCAGCUCACUGACCUGCAGGGAGAGAAGUGCAUUAUGGGCCAGGAACGGACUUUCAGAAAGAGAAAGGACACGGCGUUCUGCAUCAAAGGGAAAAGCUACAUCUCUGCUCUCACCAACAAAUCCUGCCAGUGCACCGAGAAAGACUUCAACUGUGACUAUGGUUUUGAGAGAUCCCACACGGAGGGCGAACGCUGCUUCGCUGACUUCUGGCACGAUCCAGAUUCUCCACCCGAGGACUGUCAUCUAGGACAAAACUACGAGUCCAGCACUGGCUACAGGAAGGUGAUAUCUAACAUAUGUGACGGGGGACUAAACAAGCAGCAGAGCACAAAACAGCACAGCUGCCCCCUGUUGCCGCCUAAAGGACUACAGGUUGGCAUAAAAGGGCAGAUGCUGGCUGUGGCACCAGGUGAUGACAUCACAUUCAUUGUCCACCAGGAGCAGGGCGACACCAGCAGCACCAAGUACCAGGUUGACCUGGGUGAUGGGGUUCGGGCCAUUUACCAGAACCUGACGGUGACAGAUGAACCCAUCCAGCACCGCUAUGAAAACCCAGGAGUCUAUAAGGUCACAGUGAAGGCUGAGAACAUGGCAGGACACGACGAAGCCACCAUGUACAUCCAGGUCACAGCCCCUCUACAGGAAGUGCACCUGGAAGUGGUUCCCAUCGCUGGGAGAAACCAUGAGGUCAACCUGACAGCCAUAGUUCUUCCCACUGAGGCCAACAUGACUGUUUUUUACUGGUGGAUAGGAGACAGCCUCCGGCCCACACUGACUCUGCGGAACAGUCUUCUGACUCGUUUUCCAGACACGGGAGAAGUUUCCGUCACCGUCCAGGCUUCCAACGGCCGAUCCAUGGUGCAGGACACCAGGACUGUCCGAGUCUAUGAUAACUUCCAGGUCGUCCCCCUGAGCUUCAGCAGGAACCUGGACCGCUUCAACCCAAACAUUCCAGAGUGGAGAGAUGACAUCGGCCAGGUGGUCACCAAAAUAUUGGCCAAGAUCACAGGUGUACCUCAGGAGUCGCUGGUUACGGUGGUAAAACCAGGCCUCCCCACCACUGCUGACCUCUACGUCCUCCCACUGGACAGCAAACCAGCCAAGAGGAGCAUGUUUGUAGACAAGCGUAUUCCAGCCAUCAUGCAGGCCUUCAGUGACAACAACGUCAGCUUCGUGGUGCGAGGAGGUCUACAAGUACUGGUGAUGCUAGCUGACCCGAACGCAGGACUAGGUCUUAUUGCUAAUGACUCAACAACCACAGCGGCAGAGAAUGGCUACCACGGAGCAGCGGGAAGUCCAGGUGUUUGGGCUCUAGCAGUCAUUUUCCUAAUCAGCAUCAUUGCAACUGGCUCCUUCAUCCUCUACAAGUUCAAAAGGAAGCUUCCAGGCAGCCGCAACGUCUACGCCCAGAUGCACAACGAGAAGGAGCAGGAGAUGACCAGCCCCGUCAAUCACAGCGAGGACACCCAGCACAUCAUCCAGGGCGAGGAGUUCAUUGACGACGACCUGGACUCGCAGACUCUAGGUAACGCAGGAGGUAGCCCCGCCUUCCGUUCCCUUAUAAGGACUACCACUAACCACUGCUACUAA